AUGGCAAGAUAAUCUAAAGGUUAAAAGAAAGGUCCCAAACCAGGUAAGUUUUUAAGUAAAUUUAAAUAGCCACUAAAAAAAUUACAAAAAAACCAGCUGGCCCUAGAUAAACUAGAACAAUCAAGGCUGCAGUUGCUGAAGCUUAAGCCACAACUUAACCUAGUGCUGGAUAAAGAAAAUUACCAAGAUAGAAUAGAAGAAAUAAGUAAGCCAAAAAAGCUACAUAAAAGAAAGCAACAUAAUAAAAAAAAUGA